AUGACAUCAUCACAAACCACAACCCCAGAUCAGAGUCGACAAGCUCGGUCAACACUCGCCGACGACUUACACGCUAUAUACAGAUUUUUCGUCAGCGGACUCGACAGCCCUACCGAGCUAUGGACAUCGUCGGCUCCAAGUCUCAGCGAGCUCACCUUUGGGCUGGUUGGGUAUUCGUUUAGUCCGGAGCGAGACAUUGGCGAUCUUUCGGGGAAAGUCAUUCUUGUGACUGGAGGAAAUGCUGGCCUUGGAAAAGAGACCGUCCUCCAGCUGGCAAGGCACAAUCCGGCGCGGAUCUAUCUCGCUGCGAGGACAGAAUCCAAAGCACUAGAUGCCAUCAAGUCUAUCCAAGACGAGCUGUCUGAAUCUUCUUCAUUGCCUUCUACUGUGGAUAUCCAGUAUAUCCCUCUCGACUUGGCCUCCUUAUCCUCCAUCAAGGAAGCCGCCGAGCAUUUCAAUCGCAACAACUCUCGACUCGACAUCCUCGUGCUGAACGCCGGCGUAAUGGCAGAACCAGCCGCCACGACGCCCGACGGAUACGAGAUUCAGUUCGGUACUAACCACGUCGGACAUUUCCUGCUCACCAAGCUUCUUCUCCCAACGCUACUCAAAACCACGAAGAACCAGCCAGACGCGGACGUACGCGUCGUCAGUGUGAGCAGCGCGGCCAAUUUUAUCGCACCUGCGAACCACAAUCUCUAUGAAGCCAUGACAUCGACGGAAAAGCUGUUGGAACUGACUACAUGGCAACGUUACGGCAUCAGCAAGGCUGCUAACAUCCUCUUCGCAUCCGAACUCGCCCGGCGCUAUCCUGCCAUCAAAUCCGUAGCGCUUCACCCGGGUAUCGUGUCGACGCAGUUGUACGAUGGAACGCGAGAAACUAAUCAGACUGCCAAAUAUGGACUGUCAGUGGCAAUGAGGUUGGCAUUCAGAUCUACACAAUCCGGGGCGCUAAAUCAACUCUGGGCUGCGGCUGGUGCUCGAAAAGAUGAGCUGGUGAACGGCGGGUAUUAUACGCCAAUUGGACUGAGACUUGACCAUAAUCGAUUUUCAGAGGAUAAAGAGCUGGCAAAAAAUUUAUGGGAUUGGACGGACAAUGAUAUAUCGAAGAAACUCGGUGCAUUGUAA